GCUUGUACUAACAAAUUCCAUUCUAAACUUACAAAGGCUAAUCCUUUUCUUCCCACCGUCGAUUAUGUGCUGCCUGAUUUCAGUGUACAAACUCCCCUGCAAGAAAAAGUUGGUGUAUCAAAUAUGCCAUCUGUGAUUCGUCCAAAAUUGGAGGAAUUGAGAAAAAAUAAUUUCCGCGCAGCACGUGGCGACGAACUCGCAUUUUCUGUAGACGGGUCCCCGAUAGUCGUCCUGCCAUCAACUGAAGUAGAUCCUGAAACUCGCGUUUUCAAACAGAUAAUGGAAGAAGAUGGGGAAGGAUUUUCACCAAAUUCUCGCGAAGUUUUUUCCACUUUCAAAAACUUGUUGCGUCAAAAAAUUGCAGCGAACGCUGUGUCACAAGAACUGGAUUAA